AGUGUCACCAGUAAAGGUGAACUUCUGCUUACUUCAGUCUUUAGGGGGCAGCAACGGUCUGUGAGCCGCGCGAAAGAGUAACCGGAAACGCCGGAUAUGGUACCAACUAUGCAUGCUUAAACUUUGAGUCCCAUGGCGGGUAGUCAAGUAACAACAAUGGUUGUCUUGCCUUAAAAUUUUAUUAGAUCGAAUAUUUUUCUUUUACUAUUCUCAAAACAAACUGCAGCUCAAGAUGGUUGAAGGUCCAGGAUGUACAUUAAACGGAGAGAAAAUCCGCUCCAGAGUUCAGAAAGGACAGAAAGUGAAGGAGAUAAGAGGCAGUUUGGUCACGUCCAAAAAAAGCAGUUCUGAAGGACAUGUGUUCCAUACGUUUCAUGGUUGUCUCUACUCUGGUGUACAAACUUUGGGGAAAGAGCUCUUCAUGUACUUUGGUCCAAAAGCAUUGAGAGUCCACUUUGGUAUGAAUGGAUCAAUGCGUAUAAACCCCGCUGAGAGGAAGGAUAGGACAGGCCCUGCACCGGUGCUGGAAAUACACCUGACUAACGACACUGUGUGCUUCUUUGACAGCACUGUGGAAAUAAGGUUGACUGAGGAGUGUGAGAAAAGGGUGAAGACUAUGGAGGGACUGGAUGUGUGUUCCUCAAAGUUCAGCUUCUCCCAGUCGAAGGAGGCGAUGCAGCGUCAGAGGAGCAGGAUGCUGUGCGACGUACUCCUGGACCAGACAGUGAUGCCAGGUGUUGGCAACAUCAUUAAAAACGAGGCCCUGUUUGAUUCUGGCCUCCACCCAGCCGUGAAGGUUCAGCGGCUGACAGACCUGCAGAUCCACCACUUGGUGAAAAUGACACGUGAUUUCACCCUGCUGUUCUAUAAGUGUCGAAAAUCUGGCUCUGCUCUCUACAAACACUACAAAGUCUACAAGCGGGCCCAAUGCGGCCAGUGCUCUCAUGUUAUCACAGUCUGUCGUCUUGGAGACAACGGCAGGAUGACUUACUUCUGCGAGCGCUGUCAGAAAGCCGAUCCCAGCAGGGUGGACGUCAGUCGGCUCCCUGUCAGAAACAGCCUGAUUGACUGGGUCUACAAUAAGAGGAGCAGUGAUAAUGUGGCUAAGAAGGAGGAAGAGGACUGGGCCUGUCAUCUCUGCACGCUCAUCAACCAGCCUGCAGCAACAGCCUGUGAUGCCUGCCUUACACCCAGACCUGAGGUCCACAAAGACGACACCAGCAUCGAGGCGUCACCUUUUACCACCCAUUUGAUUAAGUACCCCUGCAACACCUUCCAGAAACCACAAGAGGAGCUCAAAGUCAACUGGAAGUCUGCAUUUGGGACUUCCACCCUUGUUUUCUCUGAUUUGAGCAGAAAGCCGAAGCCGGUGAACUCCCCGCUCUCCCCGGCCAGCAGUCAUUUGAAUUCCUCGGCGGCAGAGCAGGGUUUACAUAAAUACAACAUCUGCCAGGGGAAAACAAGGCCCAAUUAUGCCUCUGGUGGCUGGCGAAAGCAAAGUGCGGAGUUCUCCGAUGGGGAGUCACUGCCCUCCUGCAGUCACUCGUCCAAGAAAAUGAGAAUUGAUCACAGUCCCUUUCCUGGUAACAAUGCUGAAAAUGGAACCCCCAACUCUAGCGUGCACAAAAUAGGAACGACAAGCGGCGGUUCCUCCAUCUCGCCUACUCCCAGCGUCCCCUGCUGCACAUCCCACUGUCGGCCUGCUGUCCUCAGAGUGGUCCACAAGGACGGGGAGAAUAAGGGACGACAGUUCUACAGCUGCUCGCUUCCCAGAGAGACCAAAUGCACCUUCUUUGAGUGGGCAGACACACACUUCCCCUUUUGCCACCACGGGAAACGCUGUUUAAUGAGGACUGUGCUGAAAAUAGGACCAAACAACGGUCGGAACUUCUACACCUGCAGCUUUCAAAAGGGUAAACAGUGUGACUUUUUCCAGUGGGCAGAGAACGGACCAGGGGUGUCCAUCCUGCCCGGCUGUUAACAUCCUUUUUUUUUUUUUUUAAACCACACUACAUGCCGAUCCUAUAGAGUCUUUUGAUUAAAGCAGAAACAGUUUAAGAGACUUGUUAUAUCUUGUUUGUGAAAAAACUAACCAUUUUAUAAGCUUUUUAAAUAAUUCUGAAUGAUAUUUUUAUGAAAAAUAAUAUUUAAUAAAGUGUCUGAUUGCA